UUUUCCUCUCUGCAGCAAUGGGAGUGCUCAUGUCCAAGAAGCAGCAGGUGGAGAAGGUGCAGAAGUGCAGCGCUGUCGUCUCGGCUUUCCAGCAGGGACUUAAAGACCGCGCUGCUGUAACUAAACAGGCAGAAGGUGUAGUAGAGGAAGGCGACGAGAUGGCCAAAACCUCAGCAAAUCCCGACGAGAAGAACGAGAAGGAGGCGGAACAGGGUGAGAAAGACAAUAGCGCAGGCCCCUCGACAUCCCAGCAGGCCUCCGCGCCGGUGAGGGAUGAGUACAAGGUCAACCAGGAGGCUUGGUCGAGGUUACGAGAUGGGAAAGGAGUGGAACCUGAAGAGCUGGACAAGAGCCAUCAACUUACUCCUCCUGCUUUUGUGAGGCCCAAAAGAGAUAAACAUGAUGACCAGCCGGUGGAGGUGGAGCUGGGAAAGAGAGAGCAGCUGCCCAGUGAUGAGAUGUGUGACGUGUGUGAAGUGUGGACAGCGGAUGACCUGUAUCCCUGCAGGAUCUGCACCCGGGUUUUCCACGACGGCUGCUUGCGGGAGCUGGGCUACCUGCGUGCUGAGGCCCUGCAAGAGAUGAAGGACACAGCUCACACUGUUCCCGGGUGGAGCUGCUACUACUGUGAUAAUCUGAAUCUUCUGCUAACAGAAGAAGAGAUGUACAGCCUCAUGGAGACCUUCAAACAGUGCAAGAUCAUCCCAGAGUCAUGCCUGGUGUCAGAUGAACUGCUGCAGUACCGUCACUUUGUAUCCAAGCAGCAGUUCGAUAAGGACCUGACCGACGAGCAGGAGGAGGAGGUCCUGGCCCAGUUUGCGGCGCUGGACCCUGAGAAGAAAGGCCACAUUGAAUGGUCGGAUUUCCUAUACUUUGAGUCUCUGGUGGUGCUGAGGAAAUUUCGCACGGAGAAUUCACUGGUGCGUCUGCUGACUGCCAAAGAGAGAGAGAAUGCACGGUCAAUAUUCCUAGGUCUGGACCUGGACAAAGACGGUGUGAUCACCAAAGCAGAAUGGCGGCAGGCUCAGGCGUCCUGGUUCCACAAACUCAACAAAGAUUCACAGUCCUGCAACGUGAGACUCAUGGGAUUCUGCUCUCCUAUGAAUUGUGGCAUAAGUAAUGUUGGGCCCAUGUGUGAGAGCAGUCCAACCAGCUCUGCCAGUGAAAGGAGCAAGACAGAUGACAACAGGCCAGUGACCUGGGCAGACUUUUUAAAGGAGAGCGCCAUCUAUAUUUUAGCUGGACGGCCCAAUAGUUCUGCCGUGCACAUCCGUCUCCCUCUAUAGUCCAGGAUCUUGUACUGCAUCCCAGCAGAGAGAGAGUGAGAGCUCGAUAGAAGGGUGUCCAUGACUGGAUGUGGUGAAGGAAGAUGAAUACUCCUAUACAGUGAGGAUGAGAUCUGAGCAAAGUGGAUGAAGAAUAUACGUCACUGAGCGACAACAGGUCAAGCCAUCGACUGAAUCUCUCCUCCUCUGCAUUGACUCAACACAACAUGCUGAAGUCACGCACUCUAACUGACAUACUGACAAUGCAAGUGACAGCAAAUGUUGCAGACCACAACUCAAAAACCAGACGGCUUCCAAAAAGUGUGAGAGAAGAUCGUCACUGGCUUGUGACUUAGUGAUGAUUUGCAGCAUGUUGAGAUCAUGCACACAUUCAGACAAGAUCCCAGGAUGCUCAUACCUCUCAAUGCAGGGACAUUUCUGUGACAGGCUGUUGCUUCUUAUUUUUAGACCUAAUCACACCCAGUAAUGCCGCGGUCACACUUACAUUACUUUUAAAGGUUACUUUCUUUCCGUGUGCUUUGCUAAAUUCAUCCAUCAUUUCAAGAAAGCCUUUUACUUGAAUAAUCUGUGCAUAUAUAGCUCAUGGCAGUCGAAUCUUGGUGAACUGUACUAUGCGUGUGCUGAUGAUCAAUCACAAGUCCUGCUAUGACUAGCCUCUGAGGCAACAUGUAGCAGUGUCCAAAACGCUGUUAACAUAUCAGCUAGCAAUACCAUGUGUUAAAAUGGUAUGAAAUUCUUCCCUAAACAAAUGUAAUGUCUUCCCCAGCUGAUUAAUAUAGUCAGUGGAGGGCACGAGCUAGUAGAUAAUUACCUAAAGCUAACCUUUUUGUUCACACAUUUUUUCAGAUAACUUUAUAAACCAAUAGC